AUGGAAAGUGGAGCGGAAUGCAAUGGAUGGACCGUUAUCAAUACAUGCGAAGAAAUAGAUUUGGAGAAAACACUGUUUAGUGGGCAAGUGUUUUCAUUCCAAAGGACCGGAGAAUGUGAAUAUACAGGUGUUGUUGGAGAGUAUCUUAUGAGUUUUAUGCAGAAGAGGAAGACUGUGCUGUACAAGGUGCUUUAUGGGCGCAAGCCAACCAUGAGCAUACAUGAUGCAAUAUGCUAUUUUUUUACGCUUGAUAUAUCCAUGCAUGAGCUGGUGACGAAGUGGAAGUUUGAUGGUGAAUGCCUUUCUGGAUUAAGGAUGCUCAGAAACGAGUUGGUUCCAACUAUCUUUUCGUUUGUUUGCUCAUCAAACAACAACAUUCCGCGGAUAACAAGGAUGGUGUGGUUUCUGUAUUCGAAGGGCGAGUUUAUUAUGGAGUACAAGGGCUUCAGGUUCCACUACUUUCCUUCAGUUGACAGGCUGGUGGGUAUUGAGGAUGAGUUGAAGGCAAAUGGAUUCGGAUACCGGGCAAGAUAUGUUUGUGAUGCAGCGGAGUAUCUGAAGAGAGGCAGCGAGAGCAUUGUAAGCGGAGCGGAUUGUAGGAAAGCUCUGCUUGGAAUACGAGGGAUAGGAAGGAAGGUUGCAGACUGUAUUCUGCUGAUAGGCCUGGGGAGGCACGGUGUUGUACCGAUAGACACACACAUGCUCAAUCAUGCAAAGAAGCACUUUGGAAUCUGUGCUAAUGGAAUGUCAGAUAAGACAUAUGACAGAGUGCAACAGAUGUAUGUGAGUAAGUAUGGCAAGUAUGCAGGAAUUGCACAGCUGUAUAUAUUUAAGAUGAUGAUUGAUAUACGAAGCAAGAAAACGGCGCGCAUGGCAGUUCACGAAAGCACGAUUGAUGGUGUGCAGCAAUGCUAA